CUCUGUUCAUCCAUCAUUACCAUUGCCAGGUAAUUCAAACCUCUCAUCCAUAGCCCUCCAAGUAGUCACAAUGCGUGUCACCUUCCUCCUCGCUGCAGCUCUUUCUGUGCUGACUACCAGCGCCGACGACACAACCACCACCGUGGGAUUCUACGUCCCCGACUGGGAAGUCACAUUACCAGCCGAUGGCCAACGGAAUAGCACUGGAGCCAGUGUCGUCGGCAUCAACACUGCGGCGACCACCUACCAUCUCGGUUGUCUCAAGGAUGCCCCUAAAACCGACUGUGAUAUCGACCACUCGUGGACAAUCGUUCAGGGCCCUUCGACUGUGAGCGUGUCGGGCGUGUACACUGCUUCGACCUCCGACAAGAGCCAGAGCUUCGAUGUCACUGUCACCCAAUCCAUGGAAUGUUCCCUCAAGGCCUGGACCGAGUCGGCCAGCUGUAGCAUGAGCGUCGGCAUGACCGGUAGUCUGGAUGGCGGGUCGUACUCGUCUUCCACAUCUACCCAUGCCUCUUACACCACUACCGCGACGCUCAGAGCACUGUUGGUCACGGGCGGAGUCAAGUCGCUGACGGAACCGGCGGCCACGAAGACUGAUGGGGCGGCGAAGGGCAACGGAGCGGUGGGCGCGAUGAUAACUGCAGCACCGGUGAUUGCAGCGGCGGCUGCAGCCUUGCUGUAGGGCAGAAUACACGAAUGGCUUACUUGCUUCACUGUGUCUAAUAAAUACUGUUAAUAUGUUAAUGAGAUGAACUUAGUAUGGGGAAUGAACUAAAGAGACUGCAGACCUGGCAUAACGAUGACAAAAUGUGUGUCUGGCUCCUUUGUAUUUCGC